AUGGCUGAAGAGAAUUUUACAGUUGUUACUGCAUUUAUUCUUUUGGGGCUGACAGACCUCGAACUGAAAGUAGUGCUUUUUGUGCUGUUCCUGGGGAUCUAUGCCGUCACCCUGGUGGGGAAUCUGGGCAUGAUCUUCAUGAUCUGAAUCACACCCAAGCUCCACACACCCAUGUUCUUUUUCCUCAGCUGCCUGUCAUUUGUAGAUGCCUGCUACUCAUCUGCAAUCGCACCCAAAAUGCUAAUCAACCUCCUGGUUGUGAGGGGAACCAUUUCUUUCUCUGCUUGCAUGGUACAACAUUUGUGUUUCGGGGUGUUUGUUACCACAGAAGGCUUCUUGCUGUCGGUGAUGGCAUAUGACCGUUACAUGGCCAUUGUGAACCCUCUGCUUUACACGGCAGCCAUGUCUAAGAGGAAGUGUGUAGGGCUGGUCCUUGGGGCAUUCAUAGGUGGAACAAUUAACUCACUGAUACACACAGUAAGCUUAGGCAGACUGUCCUUUUGUAGGCUGAAUAUUGUCCGCCACUUCUUCUGUGAUAUUCCCUCACUCCUAAAGCUGUCAUGUUCUGAUACCUCUGUCAAUGAGCUGUUGCUCUUAGUCUUCUCUGGAGUCAUUGCCAUGGCCACCUUCUUGAUUGUGAUCAUUUCUUAUGUGUUCAUUGUGCUCGCCAUCCUGAGGAUCCGCUCUGCAGCAGGGAGACUGAAAGCCUUCUCCACCUGUGCCUCUCACCUGACGGCAGUGACCAUAUUCUACGGCACCUUAAGUUUUAGUUACAUCCAGCCCAGCUCCCAGUAUUCUGUAGAACAGGAGAAGGUGGUCGCUGUGUUCUAUACGCUAGUGAUUCCCAUGCUGAACCCGCUGAUUUACAGUCUGAGAAACAGAGAGGUGAAGGAUGCUGUGGAAAGGGCCAUAGAAACAAAACAACUCUCCUGCUAA